UGCUACGACGAGGAUUCUAGUUUUAGUAAGUAGUGACCAAACAUAUGGAACAUUUUCAGAUAAAUGCCCCCACAACCUUAAUGGCAUUUCCACUCUCUCCCUCUCUCUCCAAACCCCAAAUUUGAAACUCUACUUUCUGUAUGCAUUUCUUUUUGUUUUCAUCAGGGGUUUGUGUGUGUGGAGUGGAUUGAUCAAAGCACAACAAUGAAAAAAAGCAGCAGUGUGAGCAAUACUAAUACCUUGGAAGAUCAUGACAAUGGUGGAAGAUCAGAGAAACAUGUCAUCAUGAACGAAAGCAACACUACAACAGAUAAUUAUUCUUGGGGGAAUGUUACUGAACAAGAUGGUGUUGGAGAAGGAGGUGAUUUGCUUGGUGGGUUCUCAUGGCCACCAAGAUCUUACACUUGUACUUUCUGUAAGAGAGAGUUCAGAUCCGCUCAAGCUCUCGGUGGUCACAUGAACGUUCAUAGAAGAGACAGAGCAAGACUUAGACAAAUACCAUCUUCAAGAGAUCUUCAUCUUCAUUCUCACAACUGCUCUUCUAAUUACAACCCACACCCUAACCCUAAUUCAAAACCUAACCCUAACCCUAAUUUCUCACCAUAUUGUUUCUCAAAUAUGUCAUCCGCUCCAACAAUGUUACCUCCUUUGAUCUCCUCAUCUCCUUCUUCCCCACCACCAAAUUUUCCAUGUGUAUCACACUCGACUACGCAUCCGUCCUAUCGUUUGCGUCAUAGAGCUUGUCAAAAUUUAAGCAUGAUAAAACCUCAGAUUCUGCCUUAUGGGGUUUGUAAAUAUGAUAGUUUUCCCAAUGAAAACGAGGGUGAGAUUGUCAAGAAGUCAGAUAUUAUUAGGUUGAAUUUGGAGAUCGGUUUUGGUGAAUCAAAGUCUGAUGAUUUGGAUUUGGAGCUUCGGCUUGGAUGCUCUUAGAUCAAUUUUGGAGUUCAUGAUAUCAUAAUUAAUUUGGUUAUUAGUAAGUACUUUUUGUUAACUUUUAAGCCGUCUACAUUAAUGAAGCGAAGAUGGAGCUGUGGCAGGUUUCAUAAUCUCUUAUUUAAUCUCAAUAUGAUAUGUAUUUAGUAAUUUGCAGCUGAAUUGUUUUCAUCAUCGUGGCUGUGGAACAUACAUAUUGUCAUCAUAUAUGUAUUCUAUGUUAAAAAAUUGA